AUGACCAAUCUGCGCCCCUAUCACAAUCAGUCCCUAUUUAUAACGCCUUUCUCAAGGAGUCGAUCUGGAACCUCCCAAAUCUCACACACUGCACGUCCAAAAGUCCUCUCCGAAUUUCCAGGUUACGUCUUCCCUUACCCACUCGACACUUGGAUGAAUCUAAUGGCAACUUGGCUUCAAAAAGGGGUCGCUCUACGCGACCCAGUAAAUUCCAGAUCUGCAACGUCCAGCUCCCUUAAUUUAUCUGAAUUUCAAAAUGAUGGUGGAGUCUCGCUCGAGGUAUCACAUAUAUUAACAACGCUUCGCUCACCCCUCCAUCUGUUCAUCUCCCUCGCGUUUCUUCCUCAGUGGUCACUGUUCUAUGGCCGCUUUCAGUCUCGCCAAUUUGAUCUCGCUCCUUUACCAUGCAAAUACGAGUCACCGCACAACCAGUUCGUUCCGAUCAAUCUCGCCGAGUUUCGGAUAGCCGUAUUAACGAAACAUCACCCCAGUCGCCGCCGUCUGCCUCUUCAUCUCGAGAUCGAGCAUAUAUGGAACUCCCGCUGGAACACGAUCAAGGUUCUCUAUUUAUUAACGCGAUACAUGCCCUUCCUCGACAUAAUCUCCGUUCUGUAUUAUAUCCUUCUCGACGGUUCCUCAGAAGAUGCUUGCCGCAAAACAUUCGCAGUCAACGGCUGGAUGUUCGCAAUCGGAAUUUCAAUCACCGAAAUUAUCCCGCCCCCUAAAGGAGCCGGAAAUCAAUCGGCGGGAUGCUUCAACAUCAGCGCCAGCCCGACGUUAUUCGCUUGUUGGCUGUUCGUUAUGGCUUAUGAUCUAGUGCUUUUGGUAUUGAUCGCGAUCAAGGGCCUUCCGGCGUUGAGAAUGACCACUUCUUCACAUCGGAGACUCGCAAAUGCGGUGUUCCUCAACGGACUGAUCUACUAUUUCUACCUCUUCGGUUCGUCCCUCUACCCUUUUUAUACAUUGUCAAAAGCGUUGAAAUUUGCCUGUCUGCCAGUCAUGUCGGCCAUCAACGUCAUCCUCAUAUAUCCAUAUGGCUAUCACAACCUUCUCUCAACGUUCGAACGAGGCAUGUACUCUAUCCUGACCUGCCGUGUCAUCCUCGACAUCCGCACUGAAACGAAAGAGAGCCUCGAAAUGUCCAGCCCUAAUUAUUCAUUUAGAUGGGUGGAUCUACAAGCCAUGAUGACAAGACUGACUAUAUCCGGUAGCGGUCGCGAGGUAGUCGCUAACAUCAAACCAUCCGAUUCGGCAUAUGAGGAAGGUCGCGGGGUGGUCGCCAACAUCAAACGAUCUGAUUCGGUCUAUGAGGUCCUUCGAAACGUCGAUCUUCUCAAAAACAUCUUCCAACACUUCGAUGUCGAUUUAGACACCGAGGAGGGUGAACCAGCUCCCAAGAAGUUCUUGCUGUGGGCAGCGCUGUCAUCGAGAUCUUUCGUUGACCCAGCCUUGGACGUCUUGUGGCGGACCAUGCACUCCCUUAAACCUUUCUACGCCCUUUUCCCUUCUUUAACAAAACCCUAUGGCAUGUCUGUUCAAGUGCUCCAUGGUCCGCCUCUCUCUGAUACAGAUUGGACCCGAUUUGUGCGAUACGCUCAUCGGUUGAGAGUCCUGAAACUAGACAAGCGAGAUACCUCCGAUAUCUCUUCAGCCAUCCUCCAUUAUCUUGAUCGAUCUCUUAGCCCGGUAUUUCCUAACUUACGCCACAUUUGCUAUUCAUCCUACUCGUCACUCUCGACAGAAGUGUUUUUGCUGUUGUCUCCAUCACUACAGAGUUUUGAACUGAAGAAUAUAACGAAGGAAAGCGAUAUAAUGGUUAUCCUUCUAUACGCCCUGGCUUCAAUGCAUCGACUUCAAUCGUUGAGUCUUGAUGGCGCAUUGACUGGGCUGUCCGUACAAUCUAUCAAGCCACUUACGGAUCUUCGGUCGUUGUCUCUUACCAACAUGGGCCAGACGAUUGAUGACACCGUUAUUAACUGGAUUUCCGGGUUAACGCGAUUAACUCAAUUGACGCUCGAUCUUCAGAACUCCCACGUUACAUCUAUCCCGAACAGCUUCGACACACUUUUAGUUUUGAAUGUAACGGGGUCAAUAUCACUCAUUUUGAUGUCUCUUUCCGCCAUUCGAUCAGCGACGUUGGAGGACGUAACUAUGAAGGUGCUUACGGGCGACAGCACACGGGCGACAUCAGCUGAAUGGAUGUCCUUGGUAGAUGCAGUGAAGGCCAAAUGGUUGACAUCUCUUCGUGGGUUUACGCUGGAAGAUCAUCGCGCCCUUCAGUACACAUUGUCGCUACCCGACGUCUUUGGGGCUCUAUUUCAAGCAAACAAAUUGGAACGGUUUGAAAUUACGCAAUUUAAGUCUACUUUGGAUCUGACGAACGCCCAUUGCCGUCAAAUCGCCGUAUCUUGGAGGAUGUUGCGCGUACUCCAUAUUAAGGUUCCGGCUCGAAAUAUAGGCCAACUAUCUAUUGAUUCUCUAAUUGACUUGGUCAAUUACUGUCCCCAUCUCAAAUCUCUUGCCCUCUACGUGGACUUUCAAGCAAUGCCACCCCAUCCCCCUCAUCACAAUACGUCAUCUCAUGGCUUGGAAUCGUUGUCCUUGGGGGGGUCUGCCGUGGGAGAUAAGCUGGCUAUUGCAAGGCGUUUAGAUAAUCUCUUCCCACAACUAAAACGGCUUGGGUCCAUCCUCCCGAACAUUGAUGUUGCGAAGUCUUGGGAGCAAGUGAAAACUUACGUUUGGGCUUUCAAGGCUGUUCGUGCGGACGAAAGGGCCAGGGUGGAAAAAUUGUACAGAUAG